UUGCCUUCGCUUCCGCUCGAGGCAUUAACCUCAGGGAAAUCGUGGCUAUGGCGGCGUUGGCACGACGCAGCGUUUCCUCUCUCCUCUCCCGAGCUCUCGCCUCCUCUCCUCCUCUGAGGUCGCCCCUCUCCCUCCCUUCUCCUCUUCAUCCCUUCCGCCUCUCCAUCGCCGUCCUGGAGACGCUCCACCGUUCGCCGGCGCUGUGGGCCGUGCCGGCGAGGCUGAAGACGACCUCCGGGUCGGGAUACUCGCCCCUCAAUGAUCCUUCUCCCAACUGGAGCAACCGGCCCCCCAAGGAGACCAUCCUCCUCGACGGCUGCGACUACGAGCACUGGCUCAUCGUAAUGGAGUUCCCCGAAAACCCUAAACCCUCCGAGGACGAGAUGAUCGCCGCCUACGUCAAGACCCUUGCCUCUGUCGUCGGGAGUGAGGAGGAGGCAAAGAAGAAGAUUUACUCGGUAUGCACCACAACUUACACGGGGUUUGGGGCUUUGAUCUCGGAAGAGCUUUCUUACAAAGUUAAAGGACUGCCUGGAGUUCUUUGGGUAUUGCCGGAUUCCUAUUUAGAUGUGCCCAACAAGGACUAUGGAGGGGAUCUUUUUAUUGACGGUAAGGUCAUACAUAGACCCCAGUUUCGGUUCAAUGAGAGGCAGCAGACGAGGGGCAGGCCACGUCCUCGAUAUGAUAGGCGGAGAGAAACUAUGCAGGUCGAAAGAAGAGAACCAAUGCAGAGAGGUGGGUGGGCACAGGAUCAGAGACAACCCAAUUCACAGCAAAUGUCUGAGAAUCCACAGCAAGGAUAUCAGAGUGGACAACAACCCAUGUCAGAGCAAAUGCCGCAGAAAUCACAGCAACAAUACCAGAGUGAGGUACCAAGGGAAGGGAAUUGAGGUUCGUGAGACUUGGGUUUUGAAUUGCUUUAAGUGACAUGGUAAUCAUUGUGGUUCUCAUGAACAUAGCAUGUAAAAGGACUCCAUUUAAGUGGAUAUUCUAACAUUCUAGUCUGAUAUAAGUAUUUCAUCUUUGUUGAUCUUGUGGUAAUAUUAUAAGGUACUCAUGCAGCAGUGUUUCUAUGAACGUGGUAGAGACUGUAUGAGAUUGAUUUCUUGGCAUUUUA